AUGGGAAAACAGCAAUCAAAAUUAAUUCAUGAUCGUUCACCCACCAACUCGAUUAAUUCAUUUGAAUAUUGUUCUUCUGAUUUAAUAGUAAAUUAUCCUUUAUCCGAAACUGAAAAAUUACAACUGGCUUCAUUACCAGAUUUAAAAUUUGAAACUAUAAAAAAGAAAAAAUAUUAUCCUCAAACAAAAUUCACUGGCAUAGAUAUUGCACCAAUAUUUCCUACCUCCGUGAAACCUCAAAAUGUUGAAUUUAUUCAAGCCAAUAUUCUCAAAGGUUUACCAUUCAAAGAUAAUACAUUUGAUUUCGUAAUGAUAAGGUUAAUGAUAUUCGCAUUUACUAUUGAUGAAUGGGAAAAAGCUGUAAAAGAAGCGGUCAGAGUUUGUAAAGUUGGUGGAUGGAUAGAAAUGAUGGAAAAAGACAUUCUUUUCUUUGGAGCCGGAAGAAUUGCGAAUGGAAUUCAACAUUGGCAAAGGAAUGUACCAUUUGGUGGUAAUUUAGGUAAAAGUUAUUCAGAAAUUUAUGCUUGGGGUGCCAAGAAUUUGAAGAACGUAAUUAAGAAUGAAUGUAGGAAUGAUCAAGAAUGGGAUGAAGUUGUUGAUAAAGUUAUUGAUGAAUUAAGUUCAUAUGGAGCUUAUGAUAAGAUUCAUAGAUUUUGGGGAAUUAAAAUAGAUGAAAAUACUGGAAAUAUUGUAAAUAAAAGUUUAAAAGAUGGGGAGACUCUCGGAGUUAUUAAUGGUGUUAAAGUAAUUGAAGUUUUGUAA